GGUCUUAGCAAAACAAUGAAAAGUUUUUCUUGAGUUAAUUGUGUAACAAGACGUUAAAACAUGUGUCGCAGACAGUAUUACUAAGCAGUUACAUUAACAUCAUCUUCGUAUAACUAUUAUUACAAUAUUGUGUCCCGCACGUUUUUUUGUUCAAACCUCCUUGAGCCACGGAUACAUUUAGUUUACAUUCUCAUUAGUUUCUUGCUUAUAAUUAGCGAAUCGACAGUGAUUAUCUUUAUAACAAUUUACUGUAAUAAUGAUGCACCUCCUAUGGAUUUUCGUAAUCAUAUCGGAUAAUGUACAAGUGUUUUCGAUGAUGCCACCCCAGAUAGCUCAUCGUUCUCGAAAUAAUAGGUCAGAUGCAGUCGUAAGAGAUGGUAGUUGGAGACAGUCCACUACACCAACAACAAAUUCAUAUUUGGCGGAUGCCGCCCCUUCACAGUUAGACUAUCGUCUAUCGAGAUUGGAAAGGGCUUUUGCUGAAAGACUAGAAAGUCUCAGAAUCGACAUUAAAGAAACAAAUAGAAGAUUGCAAGCUUUGGAAUGGCAAGGUGCCGAUGCUCAUGCCAAAAUCGAUAAUAUAAAAAACGAUCUGUCAACUUUGAGUAGUGCCGAUGGUAAGAAAAGCUGCGAACUGGACCAGGCGAAAUUACAAACCAAAACCGAAAAUUUGUCGAAGGGAAUUCAGUUGUUGGUGGCCAACAUGAGAUCCCUCAAUGUAGACAUUGGAGCCAUCAGGAGUAAUUUGUCCUUCCUUGCUGAUAAUACAAGGGAGUUGCGACAAACCCCCGAAGGAAGUCAGUUAUCUGAAGACAUUGCUUCAUACCAUCAGCUAUCGAAAAAAGACUUUCCCAAAAACUGUAACGAGAUUGUCUCACGUGGAUAUAAAGUUUCAAAAAUUUAUAACGUCAAACCCGAUGGGACUAACAGUACGUUUUUGGUAAUGUGCGAUAUGGAAACGAUGGGAGGCGGAUGGACCGUAAUUCACAAUCGGUUUGAUGGCAGUGAGGAGUUUUACAGGGACUGGGAGGAGUACAAGAGAGGAUUUGGUAAUUUAGGUGGAGAAUUUUGGUUAGGAUUGGAAAAUAUUUAUCUUUUAACAGGAAAUGAAGUGAACGAGCUGCUCGUUGAACUGGAAGAUCUGGAACACAGGAGGACACAGGCUCACUACGAGACCUUCAGCGUCGGUCCUGAAGAACGCGGCUAUCCUUUGCACGUCCUGGAAGGAUACAAGGGCGACGCCGGUGAUUCCCUCAUAUACCACGCCGGGUCUAAAUUUAGCGCGAGGGACAAGGAUCAGGACGGAUGGAUUGAAGGGAACUGUGCCCAGGCUCACGGGGGAGCUUGGUGGUAUAGGGGAUGUGACACAGCCAAUCUUAACGGCCGAUAUUUAAAGGGGGAGCUACCCGAUCAGUAUAUUUAUCAGGGCAUGUAUUGGGCAGGAUUUAAAGGACCCAAAUAUAGUCUUUUGAAAGCAAGGAUGCUGAUAAGGCCAAAAAAUGACGAAAGUGAAAUCCGAAAUUUGAGAAGCGCAAUUUCACCGAGAAACAUAUAACUAUAUACGAACUUAAACAAACACUCAGUAUUUAAACAAGUUUUAAUUAUUUUUAUUACUUUUACCUUAAUAUGGAAAGUAUAAAAUAUAUUUAGUUAUAGU